CAAAAAACCGCCAUUCGGUCCUUCCUUCUCUGCCUCCAUCUUCCCGACCGACCGACCGACCGCCUGUCCACCACCGUCCGCGUGUGCUGCAGCUUUUGUUGGAUGGGAUAGACGACCGCUACCACCCACCCAGCCUCCGACUGCGACCCAUCUGGCGUACCUCCCGCCACCCUUUGCUUUUCUAUCCAUCGCCGGCGGGGCCGUCUGCUGGUCCGGCGGGCCUUUCAUUCUGACGGCAUGAGCGGAAUCACAAAUGCAUGCCUGUCGUGCCUCUCGACAGUCGACCGUUGGUGCCAUAUCUCAGCCUGUCUCGGCCCGAUCGGGGCCCGCUCAAGGGAUGGAAUUUACGAGACAACGCUGGCAGACAAUGAGCGGGAAGCCGUCUCCGAUCUCUUGGGAUACCUGGAAAACAGGACCGAAACCGACUUCUUCACCGGCGAACCCCUUCGCGCCUUAAGCACCCUGGUCUAUUCCGACAAUGUCGAUCUGCAACGGAGCGCCAGUCUGACAUUUGCUGAGAUCACGGAGAGAGAUGUGCGCGAGGUGGACCGAGACACGCUGGAACCCAUCCUCUUUCUGCUGCAGAGCUCGGAUAUCGAAGUCCAACGCGCUGCAAGUGCGGCUCUCGGCAAUCUGGCUGUAAAUGCGGAUAACAAGGUGCUGAUCGUCGCGCUGGGGGGACUGGCUCCCCUAAUACGGCAGAUGAUGUCACCCAACGUGGAAGUCCAAUGCAACGCGGUCGGCUGUAUUACCAACCUAGCUACCCACGAGGAUAACAAGGCCAAGAUCGCUCGGUCCGGGGCAUUGGGUCCGUUGAUCCGUCUCGCCAAGUCGAAGGAUAUGCGAGUCCAGCGGAAUGCGACAGGGGCGCUGUUGAAUAUGACACAUUCGGAUGACAACCGACAACAACUGGUCAACGCCGGUGCAAUCCCCGUCCUCGUCCAAUUGCUCUCUUCCCCCGACGUCGAUGUGCAAUACUACUGCACGACCGCCCUCAGCAACAUCGCCGUGGACUCGUCGAAUCGCAAGAGGCUUGCGCAGACCGAAUCCCGGUUGGUUCAGUCGCUGGUGCACCUCAUGGAUUCGUCCACCCCCAAAGUGCAGUGUCAAGCCGCGUUGGCGCUCCGCAACCUUGCCUCCGACGAGAAGUACCAGCUCGAGAUUGUUCGCGCCAAGGGUCUUCCGCCACUGCUGCGACUGCUGCAGUCUUCCUACCUUCCUCUUAUCCUCUCUGCCGUCGCGUGCAUCCGCAACAUCUCCAUUCACCCUCUGAACGAAUCUCCCAUCAUUGACGCGGGCUUCCUCAAGCCCCUGGUUGAUCUCCUGGGAUCGACCGACAACGAAGAGAUCCAGUGCCACGCCAUCUCGACCCUCCGGAACCUGGCCGCCAGCUCCGACCGCAACAAGGAGCUUGUCCUGCAAGCCGGGGCCGUGCAGAAGUGCAAGGACCUGGUGCUCCGGGUUCCUCUUAGCGUCCAGUCGGAAAUGACGGCUGCGAUCGCUGUGCUGGCUCUCAGCGAUGAGCUGAAGCCCCACCUCCUAAAUCUCGGGGUCUUUGACGUCCUGAUCCCUCUCACGGAAUCGGAGAGCAUUGAAGUGCAAGGAAAUAGCGCCGCGGCUCUGGGCAAUCUGUCGUCGAAAGUGGGGGAUUAUUCCAUCUUCGUGCGUGACUGGGCAGACCCCAACGGCGGCAUUCACGGGUACCUCAACCGAUUCCUCGCCAGCGGCGACCCCACCUUCCAGCACAUCGCCAUCUGGACGCUGCUCCAGCUCUUGGAGUCGGAGGACCAGAGACUCGUCGGAUACAUCGCGCAGUCGGACGACAUUGUACAGAUGGUGAAGACUAUCUCCGACAAGAGCAUCGAGUCCGACGAGGAGGAGGCCGACGACGGCGAGGGCGAGGUCAUCGCGCUGGCUCGGCGAUGCCUCGAGUUUCUUGGGAACGGUCACCGGCAGACCCUGGUCGAGGGCUAAUGGGUCCCCCUCUUGACGACUUGUAUGGCUCCGGACCGACGCGUUCUCUUCUCUCCCUACGUUCUACCUAUUUACUUUCGUGUCCUUUAUCCUUUAUUCUCCGCCGAGUGUUUUCUUAUCUAUAAGUUGAGUCGCCGUGUGUUCUACUGUUCCGACACGUCGCCCUAUAUUUGUCACCGGUGUUAAGCGGGCAUUUGAUUCGGUGUGUCUUGAUUCGUGUCAGCGAGCAUUCGGUGUGAUGGCCUUGUUUGCUUUGUUGAGAUGCUGUCCGUUGUCGUCUAUAGUCUCCGCUGGGAAGACGCUGUGCUGACUUGAGGUGUCUGCGCAUAAUACUGUAUUCAUGUUAGAGCAGAUAUCGAGUCUAUAUUGCAAUACAUCGAUAUGAGUGUUAU